UUCGUUGUGAGUUGUUGUUACCACAACUAUGGCACGUACCAAGCAAACGGCUCGCAAGUCCACUGGUGGCAAGGCGCCCCGCAAGCAGCUUGCUACAAAGGCAGCUCGCAAGUCUGCUCCAGCCACUGGAGGUGUCAAGAAACCCCACCGUUACAGGCCUGGAACCGUUGCUCUCCGUGAGAUCCGCCGUUAUCAGAAGAGCAUUGAGCUGCUUAUCAGGAAACUGCCUUUCCAGCGCCUGGUGCGUGAAAUUGCUCAGGAUUUCAAGACUGACCUUCGCUUCCAGUCCUCUGCUGUCAUGGCUCUCCAGGAAGCUUCCGAGGCUUACCUCGUGGGUCUGUUUGAGGAUACCAACCUGUGCGCCAUCCAUGCCAAGCGCGUGACUAUCAUGCCAAAGGACAUCAAACUGGCUCGUCGCAUCCGUGGCGCUACCCCGGAGGACGAUUACCCCUCACCAGGACGUCGGCCGGUCCCACGGCGACUCGGGGCGCGGAGGGGCGAGGGGAAGUUCGCGAUGCUGGAACCACCACUGGGUAUGCCGUCGGUGUCGCCGGGGGCGUCAUCAGGCCUGGCAGAUGUCUUAGUGGCUAGCUGCAGUCCACCACUGUCAUCACGGUACCUCUACUCUCGGAAGGAGAAGGACAGAUGCUCGCUCUCUCUCAGUCAGCAGUCGAGCCUCGUCGAGCUGUGUCUUCAGCGCCUGGAACUGAUCCCAUCCCUCGGCAUCCAUCUGUUCCCAAACCCUGGCGGCCAUAUCGUGAAGGCGGACGUUCAGGGCUGGGAGGGAUGCGGCUUCGUGAAGAGCAGCCGAGGUGACAAAGUCGUCCCAUCUGGUGCCGAAGGCGAACCUCAGGGCGUUGUUCUGGACCCGCUGAAGCUUGCUGUGGUCAGAUCCCUGAAGCGGUACAGCCUGGUGAGGGCCGACUUCGCUUUUGCCACUCGCUGGGACACGUGUGAAGUGUACCCAGUUGUGGAUAUGGAGAGCCCCAGGAGGCGUACCAAGCAAACGGCUCGCAAGUCCACUGGUGGCAAGGCGCCCCGCAAGCAGCUUGCUACAAAGGCAGCUUGCAAGUCUGCUCCAGCCACUGGAGGUGUCAAGAAACCCCACCGCUGCAGGCCUGGAACCGUUGCUCUCCGUGAGAUCCGCCGUUAUCAGAAGAGCACUGAGCUGCUUAUCAGGAAACUGCUUUUCCAGCGCCUGGUGCGUGAAAUUGCUCAGGAUUUCAAGACUGACCUCCGCUUCCAGUCCUCUGCUGUCAUGGCUCUCCAGGAAGCUUCCGAGGCUUACCUCGUGGGUCUGUUUGAGGAUACCAACCUGUGCGCCAUCCAUGCCAAGCGCGUGACUAUCAUGCCAAAGGACAUCCAACUGGCUCGUCGCAUCCGUGGCGAGCGUGCCUAAGAAGUCAUCCACGAAUGAUCUUCAUAACAGCAAUAUCUAGGCCCUUUUUAGGGCCAAAA